CGCUGUCAACGUCAGUCGUGUUUUUUAAAAAUGUGUUCAACAUGUACGACAAAGCUAAGUAAAGAAAAUGCAAACCAGAAGCAAAACACGACCUCAAAUAGCGUCUACCACAUCCAACGCACGCCUACCACCCUCGCCCGCCUCGUGUGUCUCCUCGCAAUCGUCGUCGGGCGAUGAAUUCGCCACCGCGCCCGACACCAGCGAGUCGAGCGACGAGUGCGGGCCGCCGCCGCCGCCACGACCACCUGCGCGACGAGGGCGGCCACCGCUGCCGGCACGCUUGGGGCCUGCGGGACAUCCUGCCCCGCCCACGGCUCCCGCUGCCGGUGGUGUAGUGCGUCGCAUGCGAUGGUCUCAAUCCAUGAAUGAGAACGUCAUGCGCGCCUACUAUGGGGCUACAGAGGGAGGAACUAACCUAUGCGCGUAUCGUGUCCGGAUUCUGCCUCUGUUUCAGGCUCUUGAACCGACCAUCGAAGUGACUGCGCAACGAUUAUCGGAUCAGGUGCGAGUCAUCCAGCGGCGUAAGCGGUUGGAUGACUCUACACUUGAUCGGCUCCGCCUGGAGGCUCUUUCUGCUCGCUCAACCUCCACCUCGGCGCGAGACCCGCCCGCCACGUCGCCAGAUCCGGUGCCGGCACCCGACCAGGCACCGAGGGCGCCGCGGGUGGAUCUCAGUGCCGGCGAGGAGGAGCAGUUCGCGCAGAGUGCGAGUAGUACAGCCAAUGAGCAACUGAGGAGGACUCUGGAAGAGGUGAUUACGCAGUAUCGGUCCACACCCAACACUAGGCCACGAUUACCACGUUUGCCUAUGAAUAGACGCAAUCUAGCGCUAAUGGGAGCCCUAAACGCUUUACUAGAGCCAUAUCUGCGGACUAGUAAAGAUUUAGAUGAUACGCACGCGAUCAUAGUGAUCAAAGGAAGGUAUACCGAAAGUGGGAGGAAACCAACCUUCGUGCGUCCGACACGCGGUCGCCAGAUGCUACUGCCAUGA